AUGAAUAUGCUUCAAAAUUACAUAAAGACUGUUUACACGCCUCUUGUCUUACGACGGCAGACUUUUUACAAUUGGUUAAAUAAAGUUUUCAAUCAAGUAGAUGAAGAUAGACGGAAGGAAGUGGGACCUGAUCGAACUUGUGCGGAAUGGUUGUUGAGGAACGGGGCUUUCGUCAAAUGGGUCAACGAGUACGAUUUUAUAACAGACUAUAAUAAGUUACCGUGUGAUGAAACAAAAGUAUACAUCAUUGAAGUUGACGCUACAGAAGCCAGCGUAAUGCAUUACGGUUUUGAACAUUUUGUUGGAUGUAAACACAUAAGAAAAAUUAAUUUUCAUAAAUGUAGUUAUUUGGAAAAUCAGGCUCUUAAAGGUUUGUCGCCGCUAGAAAACUCGUUAAGGUCUCUACGAAUUAGUGAAUGUAUGAAUAUAACAGAGAAGGGUUUGCUUUAUCUAACUGUGUUAAGACAUUUAGAGGAGUUAAUUUUAGUGAAUUUACCAUAUGUUAAAGACAAAGAAAAGGUUAUGAAUCAGUUGCGAAGCGAUUUACCGAGAUGUAACAUACAAUUUCAUUAAAAAUUCAAAACAAA